AUGCCCGACCGCGCGUCGUCGCGCGGGCGCACGCGGAAGCGGACGACGACGACGGCGAUCGCCGCGCUCGUCGUCGCCGUCUUCUUCCUCGCGUCGCCGUCGCGCGUCGCCGCGUCGUCGUCGUCGUCGUCGUCGAUGGAGAAGUUCGCCGCGAGCUCGGCGAAUCCGUCGCAGCCUCCGCCGCCCGAGGGCGACGUCACGGACGAGGACCGCGACGCGUUCGCGUCUCGCGACGCGCGAUGCGCGGCGUGCCAGAGGCUCGUCCUGCACCUCGACGAGAACCUCCUCCCGAGGGCGUUCGACGAGCGCGCGAGGGCGGACGCGUCGUCGUCGUCGUCGUCGUCGUCGUCGUCGUCGUCGUCGUCCGGAUCGUCGUCCUACGGGCGCUACGAAGCCAUCGUCGAGGAGGAAGUCUCGAACGCGUGCGCGGCGAGCGCGAUACAGCUGUCGCCGCGCGUCCGACGCGCGUGCCGCGACAUCCUGGACGCGCACGAGGACCUUCUCGUGGACGUGUGGUACCGGAGGGUGAUACAGGAGGAGGACUGGAACAUGAACUGGGGGUUUUGCGCGACGUCGGGCGGUCUCUUGGCGCCGAGGUACGCGUGCGCGGAUGCCAUCGCGCGUCUAGAAACGCCCCAACUUGAGGCGUUAGAGCAGCACGCGAAGCUGGAAGGCAUGCGGCAGCCCGAGUCCGAGAGACUCGAGGGGACGAAGCCGAAGUAUCAGUCGCAGCCGCCGGCGGAGCGCGAGCCGCGCGCGGGGGAAAUCGGCGUCGUCGUCGGCGCGGACUUUCAUCGCCGCGUCGUCGCAGACGACGCCGCGGACGCGCUCGUGUACUUCGCGUUCCCGACCGCGAACCCGAACAUCGACGCCGCGACGGUUCACGUCCUCUCGACCGCCGCGAAGGCGUUAUGUAACGACACGGACGCGACCGUCACGAUCUCGCGAAUCGACGCGGAGAGAAACGAAGUCCCGCACCCGUACGGCUCUCACGUCUCGGGACCGACCGUGAUGCUGUUCCCGGCGGGGAGAAAACACAAGCCGCGGCUGCUUCGCAUGCGCGGCGAGGACAGCGGAAGCGUCGCGAACGACGACCCGGAGGCGGCGCCGACGCUGGGUGACGUGCUUUAUCAGAUGCGCGAGAACGGCGGCGAUCCUCGGAGCAGGGCGCGCGCGGGCGAGGCGAUGAUUCGCGCAGACGCGGGGGAGCUGGAGGGCGAGGGACGCGCGGAAGCCGCGGAGAGAGCCGCGGCGGCGGAGAAGAAGAAGAAGAAGGAGCGCGCGCGAUCGCCGCGAGGAGGAGGAGGAGGUGGAGACGAGCUGUGA